UCCGGGCCGACUGCCUUGUUGGGGCGGGUAGGAGGGGCUGCUGUUUUCUGUUGUUUUCUGCUGCUCACCGAGCUGUCUACGCGUGUGUGGACCGACUGCUGAAGAGAAACGACCAUGCCACCCGGAUUGAAGAAUAACAGGGUGUUUGUCAUCGGCGUGGGGAUGACAAAGUUUGACAAGCCUGGAGCCAGACACAACUAUGAUUACCCUGAUAUGGCCAAGGAAGCAGGUCAAAAGGCUCUAGCAGAUGCAGGAAUUCCAUACUCUGCCGUUGAACAAGCCUGUGUAGGAUAUGUCUAUGGGGACUCCACAUGUGGACAGAGGGCCAUUUACCACGGCCUGGGCCUGUCUGGGAUCCCCAUCAUCAACGUCAACAACAACUGUUCCACAGGCUCCACGGCUCUCUUCAUGGCACGACAGCUGGUUCUGGGAAGCAUUGCUGACUGUGUGCUUGCCCUCGGGUUCGAGAAGAUGGAGAAGGGCUCUUUGUCCGCAAAGUAUAUGGACAGGACCAAUCCCAUGGACAAGCACAUGGAGGUGAUGAUUAACCGCUAUGGGAUGGUGGCAGCUCCAGCAGCACCGCAGAUGUUCGGCAAUGCCGGCAGGGAGCACAUGGAGAAAUAUGGCACAAAACCAGAACACUUUGCCAAAAUUGCCUGGAAAAACCACAAGCAUUCCACCAACAACCCGUAUUCCCAAUUCCAGGAUGAAUACAGUUUGGAGCAGGUGAUUAAAUCCAGGAAGGUGUUUGACUUCCUGACGCUACUACAAUGUUGCCCUACAUCAGACGGUGCUGGAGCAGCAGUCUUGGCGAGUGAGAGUUUCGUCAGGAAGUGCCAUCUUGAGAACCAGGCAGUGGAGAUUGUGGCCCAAGAGAUGGUGACCGACUUAGCCUCCACAUUUGAAGAAAACAGCUGCAUUAAGAUGGUGGGAUAUGACAUGUCUCAGCUGGCUGCCAAAAAGUGUUACGAAGCUGCAGGUCUGAAACCCAGUGACGUCGAUGUGGUUGAGCUGCAUGACUGCUUCUCAGCCAAUGAGCUCAUCACAUAUGAGGCUCUGGGGCUGUGUCCGGAGGGUAAAGCAGGAGAACUGAUUGACCGAGGGGACAACACAUACGGAGGCAAGUUUGUGGUCAACCCCAGCGGUGGUCUCAUCUCUAAGGGACAUCCUCUGGGUGCCACAGGUCUGGCUCAGUGUGCAGAGCUGUGCUGGCAGCUCCGAGGCCAGGCCGGCAAGAGGCAGGUCUCGGGGGCAAAAGUGGCCUUGCAGCACAACAUUGGCUUAGGAGGAGCUGUGGUUGUCACUCUCUACAGGAUGGGAUUCCCUCAGCAGGCCAAUUCCUAUGUGGGUGCAGUUCCCACCAGCUCAGGCAGCGGUCUGGAGGGGUUUAAAGUCUACCCUGUCUUCAAAGAGAUGGAAAAGCAUCUGCAUGAGGAAGGAGAGCAGCUUGUCAAGAAGAUUGGUGGCGUGUUUGCCUUUAAAGUGAAGGAUGGACCAAGUGGGAAAGAGGCGACUUGGAUUGUGGAUGUGAAAAAUGGCAAAGGUUCUGUUUCCAAUGACCCAGGUGAAAAGGCAGACUGUACCUUAAGCAUGAGUGACGCGGAUCUUCUCGAUCUGAUGACAGGGAAACUGAAUGCACAAAUGGCAUUCUUCAAGGGGAAACUGAAGAUCUCGGGGAACAUGAGUAUGGCUAUGAAGCUGCAGAACCUCCAGAUCACACCAAGCAAGGCCAAGCUGUGAGACCCAGAGUUGGCUGUCUGUCAUCUGAGCGACACCCCCAGGACAAAUUUGUUGGAAAACGUAGUUCUUCCUGAAUAUUUCUAAUCUAACCAGCUCACUGAAUACUUUGAUAAUGUGUUGAGAUGUUGUCCAGCUGCUACUUUGAUUUCAGACUACAUAGAACAGACUGAGUUGUUGAUAUCCGUGUUUUAUUGACUGUAGAUCUGCUUUCAAUUCUGAAACAUCUAAGUGAGUCUUGAGGAACUGCUUAUAUACAGCAUCAGGGCAGAUUUCAGUUCAUGGGGCUCCUGUGUGUUUGAUUAAUCAUGUAGUCAAAACAAUGAACGUGCCUCUAAUUUCACUGAAUAAAAUGACGCUUUUUGGCUUCAACCACUUUUGAUAGAUAUUUUUGUAUAGGACAUACAUCUAUAAAUGAUAGCAAUUGUAUAAUUUUUUUAAAAAUAAAUCCUUUGCUGUCAA